AUGGUCUUCCUGGGCAGCCUGAUAGCGGCCACCGCCGUGGAGAAGUCCAAUCUGCAUGAGCGGGUGGCGCUGAAGGUGAUCCUCCUCUCGGGGACGUCGCCUAAAAGACUACUGCUCGGCUUCAUGUUCACCACUGCCUUUCUCUCGAUGUGGAUCAGCAAUCUCGCCUCGGUGGCGCUGAUGAUUCCCAUCGUUAAUGCGGCGCUCGACCAGCUGACCAGACGAAAAUCGGUCUCCUACGGAACCUGUCACCAGGAGAUGUCCGGCGGGGUGAUUGGAGUAGGUGGAACUGGUUCUAGAGCUGGAGAAGCUGCAGAUGCUGAUCACGCGUACAUCACCGUGGAUGAGAAAAUGCGGCGGAAGAACUCGCUGCGCACGGUGACGCAGAUUACGAGUGUCGGCCUAACGAAGAAGGCCUCUCGCAAGCUGAAGAAGGGCAUCCUCCUUGGGAUCUGCUACGCGGCGAACAUCGGCGGCACUGGUACGCUAACGGGCAGCAGCACCAAUCUGGUGCUCAAUGCCAUCUACAAAGAGUAG